AUGGUUCAAUCCAAAACCACUCCUAAACCCAAUGCCAUUCACCCCCUCACUCCCGCCCAAACCCGCGAACCUUCCUCUCUUUCCCCGUCACCCCCUCUCCGCCGUCGCAGCCUCCGUCUUGCCUCCGUCUCCUGCUCCUCCAUCCCCGCAAUCCCCGAUCCCGCUGUUAGGGUUUCUGCCACCAACAGCAACCCAACUGGUCAGACCUUCCUUAACUUAAGAUCAGGAAAGAAGGUUCUCAAGAGAGCGAUGACAGAUGAUGCAGCAGAGGAGCAAGGUAAUAAAGCAAACUUUGGUGCUGAUGAUGUUGCGGUGACAGUGCAUGCCAAUGUCAUAGCAGGAGUAUCCAAAACGGAAAACUCAGCCGUCAAUGUCAAUAUUGUAGCAGAUGAUUCUGACUGUAGGGUUUCUACCCGGAAACGCAAGAGUGACUCAACUGUUUCUCAUCCCAAGGAGUGUCUCAACUUAAGAUCGAAAAAGAAGGCGCUCAAGAGAACUGUGACUGGUUCAGAAGAACAAGUCAAUGAUGUAGAUGGUGAAAAGAAGAUUAUUAAGAGAACAGUGACUAAAUAUUCAGAAGAACAAGUUAAUGAUGCAGAUGAAGAUGACGGUGAUGUGGAAGUGGGGGUUGAUGGAGAAGUGACCAUACCGGAAUCCAGUACGGAGAACUUGGGUGUGGAUGAUGAAUCUUCACGAGUUCCAGAACUUGCUAGUGCUAGAAACUCCAAUGCAAGGGAACGUGUUUCUGGUUCGUGGAGGAACAAUUUUAUGGAGCGCUUCCACGACAUUGCACGGGAAAACGCAUCCCGGUUCGCUUUAUUUGCACAGGAAGAGGAAGUCGAUGAUCAGUCACAUCCUGUUCCUGAAGACGAAAUUGAGGACUGGCCCUGGCCCGGUCCUUUCUCUACUGCCAUGAAAAUCAUCAGGGGUCGAGGGACGAAUCUGCAAAAGGAUCAAACAAGUUCACAGACUAACUUAUGUGAGUCCAUUAAGUGGGUUCCCAAGACAAAGAAAGGGAAUGUAGGCGACUGUUCGGUUACUUCGUUGCAAGAUAUGUGCCUUCAGAUUCUUGUGAAGAACGUUGAUGCGAUUGCUUCGCUCGAGAAUGUGCCUGAUGCGCUAAGGCACCGGCUUAGCCAGUUGCUCUGUGAUUCAAGGAAAAUCAACAGUCACUUUCUUGAGCUUCUUGUGGGUGGAACUCCCUCAGAUAUUCGAUUAAGAGAUUGCUCGUGGUUGACCGAGGAACAGUUCAUAGAGUGUUUUCAAAAUUGUGACACGGAAAAUUUGUUGGUACUGCAACUUGACCAGUGUGGGCGAUGUUUGCCUGAUUAUGUAAUAGCUGCUACUUUGGCACAGACACCAAGGCAUUUAGUUAGAUUAACUACUUUAUCACUCAGUGGUGCAUGCCGACUUUCAGAUGGAGGUUUGCGGGCACUUGUUUCUGCAGCUCCAGCACUUAGAUCAAUAAAUCUCAGCCAGUGCUCCCUUCUGACAUCUGCUAGCAUAUAUAUUUUGGCUGAAUCAUUAAGAUCUCUUCUGAAAGAGUUGUACCUUGAUGAUUGCCAAGGCAUUGAUGCUGCACUAAUUGUACCAGCACUGAUUGAGCUUGAACACUUAGAAGUGUUGUCAGUAGCUGGUAUUCAAACUGUUGGUGAUGAAUUUGUCAAGAAUUACAUUGUUGCACGUGGACAAAACAUGAAAGAGCUUGUUUUGAAGGACUGCAUAAAUCUGACCGAUGCAUCAAUCAAAGUUAUUGUCGAGCACUGUCCAGGAUUACGGGUGCUUGAUCUUAUGAACCUGAACAGAUUAACAGAUUCAUCCGUGGGAUAUCUUACCAAUGGUUGUUGUGCACUUGAUACGCUGAAGCUUUGCCGAAAUCCAUUCAGUGAUGAAGCAAUUGCUGCAUUUGUGGAGACCACUGGAGGGUCCCUUAAGGAACUGUCUCUUAAUAACAUUAAGAAGGUUGGUUACCACACAACCAUAGCACUUGCAAACCAUGCAAAAAGUUUGCAUUCUCUGGAUCUAUCUUGGUGCAGAAAUUUGACAGACAAUGCACUGGGUUUGAUUGUGGAUAGCUGCUUGGCCCUGAGAUUACUCAAACUUUUUGGAUGCACUCAGAUAACAGAUGCAUUUCUUAAUGGCCACUCAAACCUACAGCUACAGAUAAUUGGUUUGAAAAUGUCUCCUGUCUUGCAACAUGUCAAAGUUCCAGAUCCUCAUCAGGGUGCUUUGAAUUAUUCUUCAGUCUCCUUAGAUUUUGUAUGCAAUUAG